AUGAGUACAAGCAAAAGUCCCGAGCCAUCCUCUUCUUCAGAGCGAGGUUUAAAAUUUAGAAAGCGAUGGGAAGAUAAUUCAUACUGGGAAAGAGCAAAGAAAGGACCAGUAUCUACGGCAUUGUAUUUAUCCGUAGUAUAUCCCAAAGUCUUUUUCAAUCACAAAAUACGUAAGACCCCGCUUAAUACCGGCUGGACUUUAUACCAAGAGACGGUAAUUCGCGCAUUGAAAUGGUCGGCGGAUUCACCAUUAGGUGUCUCUAGGCGCGCUGCUAAUUUUAUAGAAUCGAUUGGAAAGGCCCGAUGUUCUGAACCAUUGACUACGGUGACUAAUGUGCCUGGCGUACAAGGUCAUUGGAUAGGUCCAGAGACUUGGAAUGGUCGAAAAGCCGAAGCCAUUCUUUUCUAUGUUCAUGGAGGAGGCUACGUAACUUUUUCAUCGCUUUGCUCAUUGCGACCGUUAUGCUAUUUAUUAAAAACGUUAAGGAAAAAACACAACAAACACGUCCGCGUAUUAUCAAUAGACUACCCACUGGCACCGGAAAAUCCUUAUCCACAAGCUCUCAAUUAUGCAGAGAACGCAUAUCGAUGGCUGACAACUGCAAGUGGUUUGCCUGGUGGUGACUCUGCCGGAGGCGGUCUUGCAUUGAGCCUGCUUCAAAGCCUAUACAAAGACAGCGGCAGUUGGCAAAACUCAAUUGACGCCAAAAAUAUGCCAAUGCCUCUUGGUGCCAUACUAGUAUCUCCAUGGGUUGAGCUGAAAUGUGAUGCUGCAUCAUAUAUCACAAAUGCAAAAUAUGACACUUUACCGGUACAUUUCUGCCCGUUUGCCGCCGAAUACUACAUUUAUGGAUACAAACGAUCUCAACUUUUUCAAUCGAAAUUGAAAAAUAAAAACAAUGAUAAGAAAUCCGAUGUUAACAAACGGGAAGAUUCCUUUAGGACAUCAAAUUCCAGCGCAACGGGUGCUGAGUUCCGCCAAAGAAACAUUAAAAAUAAAUAUACCGAUCCAUACAAAAACCCGAUGAUAGCUGCGAAAUAUGCCCCUCUUGAGCUAUUAGCAAAGUUUCCGCCAUUGCUAAUCAGCUAUGGAGGAAAAGAAAUCUUUAGAGACGAUAUUGAAGAAUUCGUGCAGAAGUGUGUGGAAGCAAAAAAAUUGAAACAAGAAAAAAAUUCCAAGCGUUUAUUAAAAUCUGACGAGAAAUAUUUGCAUUUCGAACCACCGUCUAGCGAGACCUUCCAUCCGGAAGUACAGGUUGAAUAUAAUCCGGAAAUGGUUCAUAUCUACCCGUUUUUAGAUUUUCUCGGAGAACACAGCCGUGAAGCGCUCGAUCGUUUCGCCGGAUUCAUAACAGCAAGGCUUGACUAUUCCAAACAUAAACCAUUGAUUCUUUUAAAUUCAUAUAAUUCCCAAAAUUAUAUGGAAUGA